UGCUAACGGUGAACUUCUUUCAAACGGAGCAAGCAAGGGAGCCGAAGAAAUUAACCCCUCGCAAAAGCGAAGAAGCAACAAAAUGGAGUUUGCGAACAAAGCGGUGAACGCGGCAGUGAAAGCGGCGAACAACAACACGGUGAUAAACGUAUGUUUGGUGGGGUUUUUCGCAGCGUUGAGCGUGAGAUCGGUGAGCCAGCAGAGGGACAUCGAAGCCCUGGAGGCCCACAAGGACUCGCUUGCUCAGUCCAACAAGGCAAUGAAGAGGACCAUGUGGGAGUGGAAGCAACAGCUUUUCGCUGAAGCAUCCUCCAAUGACUCUCCCCUGGUUCCACUCUCCAGGCUCAAAGCCAUCUACGGCGAAGCCCCUGUUUCUCCCCAAAUUGGGGAUGCACUUAAGGAAGAUGCAAGCUCAUCUGCCUCUAAAUUUGUAGUCUGAAGUCAUAUUUGCCAAUUUUUGGAGAUGCAAGGAAUUCAGGCACAUUGGAUCGUUGACAGGCACCCGGAACUUGGAAGAUGAAAGGUCAAUUGGAUUUGUAUUAUUACACUUUUGUAUUAUUCCUAGUUAAAAAAUUACUCCAAAAAAUCUUGGAUUAGUUCUAUAAAGUCGCUGGGUUUUGUUCUUUUUGUAAACCUCAUUUUGUUAUAAGAGUUGAUGUGAGAAGUCAUGUUUAUUGUUGUUA